CAUAAUAUUAACGUCAAAGCGUUUAACCUCAAUUUGGUUUGUUUAUAAUAAACACGUGAAAUAAAUAGCUGGAACAUCGUUAUCUCGGCUUUGAUUUUUUGGAGUUAUUUUUUUUGUGUUUCAUAUUUAUAAUAUAUUGGACAUAGAUGGGUCGACCAGGAUUCUCACCACGAGGUGGCGGUGGAGGAGGUGGUAAAGGAGGUUUUGGAGGAAGAGGAGGUGGCGGCGGAGGUGGAGGUGGAAAGUUUGGAGGAGGUGGCGGUGGAGGAGGAGGUGGAAAAUUUGGUCGUGGUGGCGGCGGUGGCGGUGGCGGUGGGAAAUUUGGAGGAGGUGGCCGUGGUGGUGGUGGAGGUGGUCGUGGAGGUGGUGGAGGACGAGGAGGAGGUGGCAGAGGUGGUGGAGGUAGGGGUGGUUUCGGUGGAAGAGGAGGACGAGGAGGUGGUAUGAAAGGAGGAAAAACAGUUGUUAUAGAACCACAUCGCCAUGAAGGAGUUUUUAUUGCUCGAGGAAAAGAAGAUGCUCUUGUUACUAGAAAUUUUGUUCCUGGAUCUGAAGUUUAUGGUGAAAAACGCAUUUCCGUUGACACAGAUGGUGAAAAGAUUGAAUAUCGUGUUUGGAAUCCUUUUCGUUCAAAGUUAGCUGCUGCAAUAUUAGGUGGAGUUGAUAAAAUUCAUAUGCCUCCGGGAACCAAAGUUUUAUAUUUAGGGGCUGCAUCUGGUACCACAGUUUCUCAUGUCUCUGAUAUUGUUGGACCGGAAGGUUUAGUUUAUGCUGUAGAAUUUUCACAUCGUUCGGGUCGUGAUUUAAUAAAUGUAGCAAAAAAACGUACCAAUAUUAUACCAAUAAUCGAAGAUGCACGUCACCCGCAUAAAUAUAGAAUGUUAGUGGGAAUGGUUGAUACAAUAUUUGCUGAUGUAGCGCAACCAGAUCAAGGUAGAAUAGUAGCAUUAAAUGCCCAACAUUUCUUAAAAAAUGGUGGUCAUUUUGUUAUAUCAAUAAAGGCAUCUUGUAUAGAUUCAACAGCCCAACCAGAAGCUGUAUUUGCAUCGGAAGUGAAAAAAAUGAUUGCAGAUAAAUUGAAACCACAAGAACAAAUUACUCUUGAACCAUAUGAAAGAGAUCAUGCUGUAGUAGUCGGAGUAUACAGACCACCACCAAAGGUCAAAGAGUGAAAAUUUCAAUUAAAAUUUCUUAAAUAAUUUUUGAAUUUUAUAAUGCAAAAACAAAAGAUUGUUUUUUAAUUUAAGGUUUACCUACGUAUUUUCUCUAAAAAAAGAUUGAUACAGAUUUUAUAUUUUAAGAAAAUUUAAGAAAACAAAUUAAUAUUUGUUUUAGAAUUAUAAUACUAAUGGACAAAUAUAUAGAUACAUGUACAAAAUCAAAA